AGUUGCCGAAGAAGAAGAAGACAACCGUUUCAGAUUACACUUCCUUCUCCUUUGUUUGAACUUUAGUUUUUUGGAAUCAUGGAGAAACAAACUGCAGAGAAAUCACGCAGAGAACGAAGGAAAGAAUCUCGCUUAGAAAAGAAUGCAUCAAAACACCAAUCCUGGCUCCAUCACCAGAAAUCUCAAGCUAUGAAGAGAAGUAGUAACAAUAAUUCAGAGUUGAAAACUGAGAGCAAAUCAGACCAAUCAGUUAGUCCUAGUCUCAUGGAAACACAGGUUGUGAAGUUAAAAUCUUACUCUAGGAAACGUGAGACACCUGAAGAAUGCACUGUGUCAGAUGAAAUUUGCGGCUCUGUUGCAAAAAAUGUGAAAAAAAUGAGCAAUGGUUCUCGGAAAAGUUCCGGGAAGACGAGGGCUAAGGAGUUUUAUGAGAUGGGUAUGCCAGAUGUUUCUAUGGCUGCCGAGAAGGAUCUAGAAUUGGAAAGAAAACUUUCCAAGAAGCUCAAGGUGAAGGAAGGAAAACUGAGGGGAGUGGAUGAUGGGAUGAACAUUUUACUUGAAGGAAUGUCAUCUGUUAUUGAUUUUGUUGGAGAAGGGGAAGUUCUUGGUACUAGUGGAUUACCCGUGAAGAGAUUGAAGAAGAGCUUGUCGAGUAAGAAGGACAAGUUGUCAAAGAAAGGGAUGGAACUAGAGUCGUUAGGUGGUAUAUCGGGGCCUGUGGCAACUUUCAAUCAAGAUGAUGCAUCAGAAGAAGUUCCUGACAGUGUACCUUCAAGGAAGAAGCAUGAGAAAAGAAAAUUGUUGGGUCAACAACAGGAAGAUAAUGCGGAGGAUGAUGCCGAUUGCACGCUCAAGCCUUUGGAAUCCCAUGAAAAGGAGGUGGUUUCAGGGGAUGUUCCUGCUGAAGUUCCAAUAAAGAAAGAAAAAGCAAAAUAUAUAGAACCUCACAUGAGAGCUCGUGCUGGCAAUGAACCUGAAGAGCAUACUCAAAUUCGAAGACGUGUACGACGCCUUCUUAACGGAUUUUCUGCAUCUAAUGUUGAGUCAAUUACUGGAGAAUUGUCCUUGAUAUUUCAGACUGUUGCUCGUAAUGUUGCUUCACAGAUUAUGACUGAGGAGAUUUUAGCAUCAUAUUCUUAUGCUCCCCGUAGCAAUGAACAGUAUGCUGCAGUUUUUGCUGCAUUUGUUGCAGGGAUGGCCUGUUUGGUUGGUGUUGACUUCAGUGCAAAGUUUAUGGCGUCCUUUGCCAAAUGCUUUGAGGAUGAGUACCAAAAAGAAGACAAUCUCUCCUUGCGGAAUCUUACUCUUCUCUUAUCCUAUUUAUGCAUAUUUGGAGUCUGUUCUAGUGAUUUAAUAUUUGACUUUCUAGUCAUGCUGAGCAAGCGUUUAACUGAGAUCGAUGUCUCUAUCAUUUUGGCAGUGUUGCAAUGUUGUGGGAUGAAAAUUAGGGCUGAUGAUCCAGCUGCCAUGAAAAAUUUCAUUGUUAGUGUUCAGAAUACGUCAAAUAAGUUGAAGGCUUCCUCUGCAGAUGACCAUGAAAAGAAAAAUAGUAAAAGAAUGGAGUUCAUGCUUGAAACCAUAUGUGACAUCAAGAACAACAAGAGAAUGCCAAAAGAGGACCCUGCACAUCACACUCGGAUUAAAAAGUGGUUACAGAAGUUGAGAGUUGAUGGCAUUCUAAUUAGAGGGCUUAAAUGGAGCAAGUUACUUGACCCUGACAAGAAGGGCCAAUGGUGGUUGUCUGGAGAUGUGGCUUCUGCAACAGAUAAUGUUGAAGAAGUUGCUAACAAAAUAGACAAAGAUGUUCUCGAAACCCAACGAAUGCUGCAGCUUGCUGCUGCUCAAAAGAUGAACACGGAUGCCAGAAGGGCAAUAUUUUGUAUAAUAAUGAGUGGCGAUGACUAUAUUGAUGCAUUUGAGAAGCUUCUAAGAAUGGAAUUACCAGGCAAGCAGGACAGAGAUGUAAUGCGGGUUCUUGUGGAAUGUUGCUUGCAAGAGAAAGUUUUUAACAAGUAUUAUACAGUGCUGGCUUCCAAAUUGUGCGAGCAUGACAAAAAUCACAAAUUUACUCUACAGUUUUGCCUGUGGGACCACUUUAAGGAGCUAGAGUCAAUGCCACUUAUGAGGUCAAUGCACCUAGCAAAAUUUGUGGCUGAAAUGGUUGCCUCUUUCACUCUCUCUCUCACAGUUUUGAAGACUCUCGAUCUGGGUGAUAUCAACCAGUUAACACCAAAAAGGAUUAUGCAUUUCCGCAUUCUGUUUGAGGCCAUUUUCGAGUAUCCCGAAAGCUUGGUUUGGAAUAUAUUCACACGUGCAGCAGUGACCCCUGAACUUGAAAGUCUUAGACAAGGGAUUGAGUUUUUCGUCAAGGAGUACAUUGUGAAAACCAAUAAAGCUCUUGCUCAAAAAUUUAAGUUGGCAAAAAGAGCCCUUAAUAAUGUGGAAGGAGUUCUGAUGUGAACUUAUAUUGCAUAGGAGGAUAAUUGAUUCUUGCAGAGCCUUCGAUUUGCGAGGCUAUCCUAUCUAAUUAUUUUUUUUAACAAAAAUAGUGGGACCAUCUUAUGUUGCAUAGGAGGAUAAUCGAUUCUUGCAUAGCCUUCGAUUUGCGAGGCUAUCUUAUCUAAUUAUUUUUUUUAACAAAAAUAGUGGGACCAUCUUAUGCUACUUGAGAAAACUAUUGAUUCUUGCA